GGGCGAUGAAAUAUUGCGUCAUUGCCAACAUGGCCGACUGACGUUACACUGCGGUCCCGAAUGGCUCCUCGUCGAUUAAAAUACUUUUAAGCAGAUGAAUGUCACGUGAGUCAUGUGAUCAGAUCGGGACAUCCCAGUUUAUGACGGUCCACUGAGACCGAUUCGCUGUCAGGUUGUGCUGACGCAGCCCGUGACGCGUCCAGGUCCCGAUGUUUCGCCGCUCGAGGUUCAGUGCUCGUCCCAACGUGGGCGGGCCCGGGAGGCCGUUGGCUCCGUCGCAGGAAGCCGCUCCGGUGAGUCAGGAGACCAAAGAUGCACAGAAAGACGUGGACGAAAAUGCGGCGACCGACGCCAGACGUGUUGAAGUUCCUGUGGCUAAGGCUGCCACACCGAGUGAUGGAAACGAUCCAAGUCGGGAUGCUACCGGCUCCUCGGCCGCUGUCCAGAGGAGGAAGCGCUUCUCUGUCAAGCCCAGAGUGGCACCGGGUCCCCUCGCCACCCUCCCUCGAACGCCCAAGCCGCCCGCCGAGGUGGGCUCGCAAAGUCCACCCAAAAUUGCAGACACCCAAACCCAAGCGGCACCAUUAGAAGUCCGGUCGCCGACAUCGCCUGAGCCUGAUCCCGUCGUCACCGCUUGUGAUAGUUUAGAAUCAGCGGCUGCCACCUCCGUUGAUCACUCCCCAAAAGGAAACAAAAAAAUCGAGAAGUUAUCGUCAGAUGACGGCCUCACCAAAAUUCCUCCCAGGCCGCCGGACAAAGCGGUCCCGCUGGACAAAGAAGCUGCGGCGCUGUCGGAGAAAGCAAAGACUCUCCUGUCGUCCAAGAGCAGGAAGUCACCGUCGAUUCCCCGCUUCUCCCUGAGUCGGCUUUUGAACGACCCGUCGGACAUUCAGAGGCUGGAAAAGGCCCAGAAGCUCCGCGAGCUGCUCAGACAGGAGAUGCGGAAAGAAAAGGGUGCCAAGAGAGCAAAGAGAAAGCAUGUCAAAGAAUACAGUUUGGACCCCUCCAAAAUGAUCAUGAGGGAUCUCAUCCACUACCUGCCGUUGUCCAACCCCAUGUUGUCCAGCGUAGAAGACGACACUCAGGAGAACGAGAACGUGGUUCCGUUUACCCAAAGGAGAGAAAAAUCACCGGAAAGAGCGCAGAAACCGGAUCCAGAAGUUCCAGAGGAACAGGAAGAGGCAGCGGAGGAGGACGGGGAAGAUGAGGAGGGACUGAUGGUGCCGCGAGUCAAAGUAGCUGAAGAUGGUACGCUGAUCCUGGAUGAGGAGAGCUUGACUGUGGAGGUCCAGAGAGCCAAAGGGCCCAACCCGGCGGAAGACCGAGACCCCAUCUUCGAGCGUGGUUCCACCACCACGUACUCCAGUUUCAGGCCGUCCACCUAUUGCAAGCCUUGGACCAGCGAAGAGACGGACAUGUUCUUCCUGGCGAUCAGCAUGGUGGGAACGGACUUCUCCAUGAUCGGCCAACUUUUUCACAACAGAACUCGAGCCGAGAUACGGAAUAAAUUUAAAAGAGAGGAGCGGCAGAACUCCUGGAGAAUCGAUAAAGCUUUCCGUGAGCGACGCAAGCUCGACAUUGAGUAUUUUUCCAAGCUUCUGGAGAAAAUUCUAGAACUCCAGGCCAACAGGAAGAAGCUCAAGUCGCUGGUGGAGAAGAACGGCUCCAAGAAGCGCCAGAAGAGGUCAAAGGUCACAAAACGUAAAGCAUUUGAGGAUGAGGACAUUGAGGAGGAGGAGGAGGAAGAAGAUGACGGAGAGAUUGACGGCUUCUGCAGCUCCGAGGCAGAGGACGGAGAGAAAGAGAACGACGAUUUCGCCAAGGACGGGAAAGCCCUCGGCUCGAAGAACAAGAAGAAACGCAAACGUCAGAGUGCGGAGGACGUCUCGAAUGCAGAACUAAACAAGUUGAAAACCAAAGCGGGAGAAAUGAGCGACGAGGAAGACAACGCCUGCAUACCUGAAGACACAGAAGCAGUCUUUUCUGAAGAUCAACCCGAUUCGCAAGUGUGUGAAAGUGCGGGGACGGACGACUCAUCCAAGAACGCGUCGAUCAAACCCGCUAAACUCUCGCGAGGGAGAGCGGCCAAACCAGUUCUGCCCCUCGGCCGAAAGUGGGGUAAAAAACUGCAGCUUCCUCCUCCCCUUGGUAAUGCAGAAGAUGAUGCAUCUGCAAAAGACGACGACGGCGUGACGAAUGAAGACUCGAACGAGCAGAUGGACAAAGAGACAUCAUCACCUACAAGAGGAGCCAGUGAGGAAGAGGAGGAGGUGGAUGAUGAUGAUGGUGGUGUUUCCUCUGGUGACGAGUUCGCUGCUAAACCUGCAAAACCCACUAGGUCCGGGAGAGUUCCCAAGCCUCCCAGCCACUUAAAUUAUCCCUCUAAGGAAGAAAAGCCCACCUCUGCACCUGAGCCAAAGUGCGCCUCCAAGAGGGCCAGAUCAGCCAAGGCACCGUCAGCAGCACUGACGUCCAAAAAGCCCAAACUUAUUACCCUCCGAGCAUCUCAGUCUGAAUCGAGUGACGAGGAGGUGGAGGUGGAGGAGCAGGAACCGCGGAGGGAUGAUGAAGAAGCGUUCGUGCCCGCCAGCUUGCGCUCUCCCUUGGUUGUCAUCCCACAGGUGGAUGAGACAAUAGAGAAUGUUAUUGACUACCUGUCCUUUGAACAUAAUGAAGUGUCGGAGAUGGAUAGCUACAACGAGGCUGCUCAAAUGCUGCUGGCCAUCGGCAAUGGUUUUGACCUGUCUCAGUCGGACACCAUUCAUGAUCAGAGAACAGACAUAGCAUUGGAGAGUGUAGAUGAGACCAACAAACACUUAGUGGAAGACAUAGUAGCAGAAUUCAUCGAGGAAAACAGCUUCAGCCCAAUCCUGUCUGUGCCAUUGGACCACAGAGUCACACAGAGGAAUGAGACUUCCCCCUCAGUGCCCACAGAAACAGAAUCUUCACCUCAGCAAUCUCUUUCGGUUCCUGUUUCAACACCUACUGUGCAAUCGAGCCCACAGAGUAGAAGUGGUCACUCAUCAAAGGUGAAACCAAAACCUAACCUUGCUAAAACCUCAAGGAUCACACAUUCCAAAUCCCAAACAGAAACAUCAACAGUAGUGUCUGCUUUGGCAUGUCUUUCUCCCCUCCUUAGUAAAGAAACAGCCCCUACUGUAGGAAAGGGUGAUCAACUCUCAGAAAACCUGACUUGUGACUUCACAAAAGCCAAUUUUGACUUAAGUAUGGAACCACCUGCUACAGAAGCCAAGUCCACAAAUGCUGAAAGUAUUCCUGGGACCGCAUCAGAUGUCGCAGUCACAGAACCACAAGGUGAUCAGUCAAACAUACCUUUGGUAAAAAAGAGUAGAGAUCAUGACACUGUUAGUGAAGAAGUACUUGAAUGUCAGAAAUCAGUUGCAGUUCAGGAGACCAGGAGUCGAUUCUUAAAGGUAAAACCAAAACCAAAUAUUUCACAGUUAUCAGGAAGUGCACAGUCUAAACUUCAGAGCACAAAGCAAACCGCUGAAGCACAACUACAACCAGAUUCUUUGGAGACACCAGAUCAAAGCAGCAGUUCAUCUGUGUCACCGACCAUUAACAUAGGCUCCAGUGUAAUACUUUCAGAGGAACUGAAUUCUAGUGUGGAGAACAAGGAAGUAGGUGCUGGACAUGCUGACAGAGAGACAAAGCCCACGGAUUCUAAAAUAAUUGAAACUGUUUGUAAUUAUGAGACGACAUCUAAUACAGAACCCACAGAAACACAGGCCAAAGAGUCAAAGGGACCUGUGGACCAAGAAUGUGGAGCUCAUGACUCCAACUUGCAGGAUUUACCUGAGUGUCCGACCCCGAGUAAAGUAAUUUCCACUCAUCAGACCAGGAGUAGUCAAUUCCCAAAGGCCAAACCUAAACCAAACCUUUCCCAGGUGUCAAAAAAUGCACGAUCUAAACCUCAAACUACAAAAGAAAUUAGCUUGUCUCCAAACCCUGAAGCCACCUGCAAAAAUACUGCCGAACUACAACCACAGCCAACUGGAACCUUGCUUGAAUUGCCAAGUGAAAGCACCCAAUGUAACCUGCUUCGAAACCAGGAAUCCACCUGCAAAACAAUAGCUGAACUAGAACCGCAGGCAGCUUGUGUGCCCAUCACAGACUUAACCUCUCUUGAGCUGCCAAGUAAUAGCACCGGUUCUGCUUCAGCUGUGACGCCCAUCAUAAACUUAGGCUCCAGUAUGAUACCUACAAAGGAACUGACUCCCAGUGAGCAGAAAAUUCCAAGUAUUGCACUUGCUGCAGGAGACACAGAGUCCACAGAUUCCAAAACGAUUGGGAGUGCUUGUAUAAAUGGGGCGUCAUCCCUUGAGGCACCAGCUCAAAGCACCAUUCCUGCUUCAACUAUGACGCCAAUCAUGAACUUAAGUGCCACUGUGAUACCAUCAGAGGAACUGCCUUCUAGUGAGGAGAAGAAUGAAACCGUUGAACAUACUACACAAGACACAAAAUCCACACACGCUGAUGCAGUUGAAAGUGGUCAGAAUAACGAGACAGUUUCUAAUCCCCAAGUGCAAGAGUCAAUGACGCCCUUGGUCCAAGAAGGUGGAGAUCAUGGCACUGCCAUGGAAGAAGAAUCUGAAUGUGAGAAACCAAGAGAAAUGUUGCCACUUCAGCAGACCAGACGUAGAUUCACAAGGAUCAAACCAAAGCUUCUACAGAUGUCAAGAAAUGGCCAAUCUAGACCACAACCCACAAAAGAAAUUAAUCAGUCUGAGGUAGGGUCACAGCCAACGUGUACCCUCUCUCCUGGGAAUUCUGCUCAAAGUGCCACUUCGUCUUAUAAUGUGACGUCAGUUAUGGACUUAAGCUCUUGUGUGAUGCCUUUAAAGGAACAGAAUUCUGGUGAAAACAAUAUGGGAGCCAUUGGACUUGCCACAGAAGAGAAAACCUCCACAGAUGCUGAAACAGUCAAAAGUGGUUGUGAUAAUGAGACGGCAAAAGUCACAGAACCAGAGGCUCAAGAGCCAAAGAAAGCUUUGGACCAAGAGUGUGGCGGUGAUAACACAGCUGUACCUGAAUAUAAGAAACUGAGUGAAGUGGUUUCCACGGAUCAGACCAGGAGAAGUCGAUUCCCAAAGAUCAAACCAAAACCAAAUCUAUGUACAUCCAGAACUGCCCGAGCUAAACCUCACAACGCAAAAGAAAUUAGCUUAUCUCCAAAACCCGAAUCCACUUGCAAAAUGACUGCUGAACUACAACCGGAGCCAACUGGAACCUCUCUAGAGUUGCCAAGUCAAUCCGCCAGUUCUGCUUCAGCUAUGACGCCCAUCAUAAAUUUAGGGUCCAGUAUGAUACCUACAGAGGAACUGACUCCUCGUGAGCAGAAAAUAACAAGCAUUGGACUUGCUGCAGGAGACGCAGAGUCCAAAUAUUCUGAAACAAUUGGGAGUGCUUGUAAAAAUGAGGCCUCAUCUGAAUCAUUAGUCGCAGAACUACAGGCUGAAGACUCAAAUACAUUUUUAGACCAAGAAGGUGGAGAUAAUGAUAGUACCUUGCAGGAGUUACCCAAAAGUCAGAAACCGAGUGAAAUUGUUUCUUGUCAUCAGACCAGGAGUGGAUUCUCUGAGGUCAAACCAAAACCGAAUCUUCUAUGCACAUCAAGUAGUGCACAAGCUAAACCUCGAAUCACAAAAGAAAUGAUCCCGUCUCCAAAUCUUGAAUCCACCUGCAAAACAACAGCUGAGGUACAAUCACAGUCAAGUGGCACCUUCUCUCUCGAGUUGCCAAGUCAAAGCACCGGUUGUGUAACAUCUGUGAUGCCAAUCAUGGACUUAGGCACCAGUACGGUACCUUCUGAGGAACGGACUCCGAGUGCGCAAACAAUGGCUGGCGUUGGACUUGCUGCAUGUGAGCAACUAUCCACAGAAUCUGAAACAGUUGAAAGUGAUUGUAAAAAGGAGGCGGCAUCUGAUGGAACAGUCAACAAAACAAAUGUGGAAGAAUCAAAUAAACCUUUGGACCACGAAAGUGGAGCUCAUAACAGUACUGUCCAAGAGUUACCGGAAUGUCUGAACCCGAGUAAAGUUGUUUUCAGGAGGAGUCGAUUCCCAAAAGUGAAGCCAAACCUUCCCCAGAUAUCAAGAGGUUCACUGUCUAAAUCUCAAAACACAAAGGAAACUACCCCGCCCUCAGAUCCUGGAUCCACCUGCAAACCAACCCCAGAAGUAAAAUCCCAGGCGACUUGCUCAUUCUCCAUCCAGAAGCAAGAGGUCAGUUCUUCACCCGUGACGCCCAUCAUAGAAUUAAAGUCCACUUUUACACCUUCAGAGGAAAUCUCUAGUGAGGAGAUGGUAGGAUCCACAGCCAGAGACUUAAAGUCCACAAUUGGUAAAGCAGUUGAAAGUGGUUCUGGUCAAGAGGCAUUACCACAGUCAACUUCUGAGACUUUUCAAAAUGUUCCCUCUUCAUCUGGAAAUAGAGAUCAGGAAGACUCAGAGGCAUCAAAACACUCUCAAGGAAAAAUUCAAAGACGGCGACACCUCCCCAAGAUUAAACCCAAUCUGAGAACCCCUGCUCGAGAAACAGGGUCUAUGUUGGCGUCGAAUGAUGUGCUAGACAAACCCUCCGAUCUAAAAUCAGACCGUCAAAUAGUGUCAACAAGAAGUGAGGUGAGGCCACCGUGUGGCAGCAACGAGGUCGUCUCCGUGGAAAUGUCCAUGUCGACCAUCCCGCAAGGUCAGAGCAGCCGAACCCCGACAGUUGGCCAAGAAACAACGAGCAACGUUGGUCCUCGUCAGGAGACUGUGACAACGACUGGUGCUUUAAAUUCCACACCUGAUGCCUCCUUCUUAAACAUCCCUUUGCCAGAUUCAGUUUCCCCAUUAACCUGUAGCACAGAGAAUACUUCAUUGCUCAAAACCUCCACAAUGAGGCAGAGCAGCCUGGUGAAACCCAAUCCCAAUCUCGGACGCAGGACUCCACCGUCGCGACAAAAGCCACUCAAAGCCGGAUCAGAUGCCGUAGACACUUCUGGUCCUCAAGAGCAAACGACUGUCCUGCAUACGCCAGAAGAGGGCGCCGACGAUCAAGCUAAUUAUGCCUGCCCCACACCGGCAAGUGAGACAGAAUUGCAAGAGUGCAACAUCCAGAAUGAAUCGGCAUCGGCAAGCACGGGAUUCGACCAAACUUCUGCCAGUCUAUCAAUAUUUCCAGACACGCUGGAAGUGCCGUCGGAUCCAGACGAGCCCUUCUUCACCCUGUCCCUGGUCGAAGUCCCAUUGGACGCGGCCCCCCCUGAGGUCCCCCAAGCAGGUCUAACCGCGCGGCAAAGCCUUCCCGUGGCGAGCGAGGUCGCAGGAACAGGCGGAUCCCAACCUGGCGUCCUCUGUGAAGAGAUGGGUGCUGCCACGAGUGCAUUCGUGGAGCAUCCAGUGCUGCCGCCGCCACCUGCUGGGAGCAAAGACACGGCCAAGGCAGCAGUGACAGUUUCUCCCAAAAGGAAACCUAAAGGCUUCCUUUCCUUCCUGUCUGGGACAAAAAGCGCUCCCCAGUCCAACGAAUCACGGCGAGGUAAAGCUGCUCCCUGCCGCCCGAACGUCAGUAAACCAAUGCCCAGAAAACGGCCCACGCCACCAACCGCAUCCCCACAAGUGUCCGCCACACAAAUGACGGAGGAGCACAAGCCGUUAAUGCCAUGUACAACGGCGUCGCAACCACCGCCCAGUCCCUCUCUCCCUGCAACAGAAGUAUCCGUAUGUCGUGACGACAACAGCGUGGCGGUCCUGGAAGAACCCACUAAUGUCUCGCAGUACUUCCUUAGUGACAUUUUCACAGAAGUGGAGGACACGUGAAACCACUCGUUUCCCUCUGUUCCCUUUCUAAUUUAUUCCAUGCACAUAAAAAGUUAUUCGGCUUUGGGGAGAAGGGGGUGAUAUUUUCAGAUGAAUCAAAAAUGCACCACAACCUCUUCAGGCGAACUUGGACCAACUCUAAAAAAAAUUUGGUGCAUUUUAGGUCCAUCCUGGAAUUGUACAUGGAAGCCCAAUAUCCCAGAUCUUUUUUUUUUUUUUUUUGAAAAGUGUAUAUUUGUUUCUCAGCGCUUUGUAUAUGUAAAUGUUUCAGUUCACCUAGAUUCCCUUUUUAUUUUUUUACAUAGACAAAAAUAAUCAAAAACUCUGACUGAUGCGGGUGGGGCAUGUUGCUGUGGAAUUUUGGGGAAUCGUAAAGCAACGGCCGCCUCCUCUUCCACGGGAUUUUAAAGACACCUUUUUAACGCGGUGUUUUUAAUGGCUCUUCAAUGGGCUGAAUGACAUUCGGGUGAAUUAUGCAAACGAAGAGGACUUUUUUGUUGUUUUGCCUGUAGCGACUUGAAACGUGUUCCAAAAAUAGUUUCAUUGCAAUCCAAAUAAACACGUUAUUCCACACGAA